AUGGCGGUCUACUCGUUUUUAUUUUUGAUCGGCACACACUGGCUGGAUGCGCUCGUGCCUCUCGGCGUCAACGGCCGUCCACAGCAGGUGUCCCCGGCCACGUCCAAGGACGAUGCCAAGCUGAUUUUCGGCACAGUGUUCUCGCUGCGCAACAUGGUGCGCAAGCUGGGUGGGGACGAUGAUGCCUUUAUCAGUUUCAGGACGGGGCAGUACAAGCUGCACUACUACGAGACGCCGGCGAAUCUGCGGUUUGUGAUGCUGACAGACUGCGGCGUGCUCAGCAUGCGCAACGUGCUACACCAGAUCUACAUCAACCUCUGGGUGGAGUACGUGGUGAAGAACCCGCUGGCGCCGGUCGAGCAUGCUGGUGGAGAAGGAGUCAAGAAUGAGCUGUUUGAGUUGGGGCUGGACCAGUUUGUGCGGGGGCUGUUGUAG